AUGAAUUUACCUCUAGUAUAUAUUUAUAUUAACAAAUACACCAUAGGAUUUCCCGCGUCGAAAGCAUUUUUGAUUUUCAAAACCAAUUCGUUAAAUGGAAGAUCAUGCACUUGUCCUACAUCUUACACCUGUUCUUGCUGCGAAAAUGUUAUCAUCAUUUAUACCAAGAUGACGAAACAACUUUGUGUCAAUUUUACUUAUGAAACGAACAGACUGAAAGUAAAUAUCACGCUGAAUGCAGUAAUCUUAGCUAAUCAAAUUAUUACAGAGUAUAAAUCCUUUAGAAUAUGCAAUCAAGUACCUGGCAGUUUCUUUUCAAGUGUUUGUGCAAAUAUUUUAGAAUUGAAUCAAUUUCCCAGGUAAAAAAUAUUCUUCUCGAUAAUUAUAUCCAAUGAUUAUUACUAAUAUCCAAGUAUUAUUUAUGUUUCUUUUAGAUCAAUCACUGUUUGUCUUCGGACCGAAAUAGCUACUAAACAUAAAUUAUGGCAACUGAAUUACAAUUGCAUCAGUAUAUCAACGGAAUUGCCAAAGAUGUCCAAUACAACUACUCCUACUACGAUGACAGUAACACAAUCGCCAGGAAUGGCAGGCAUGCCUCCAGGACAAAUGCCAGGAACGCCAGGAAUGCCAGGAAUGCCAGGAAUGCCUGCAGGACAAAUGCCAGGAAUGCCAGGGAUGCCUGCAGGACAAAUGCCAGGAAUGCCAGGGAUGCCUGCAGGACAAAUGCCAGGAAUGCCAGGGAUGCCUGCAGGACAAAUGCCAGGAAUGCCAGGGAUGCCUGCAGGACAAAUGCCAGGAAUGCCAGGGAUGCCUCCAGGGCAAAUGCCAGGAAUGCCAGGGAUGCCUGCAGGACAAAUGCCAGGAAUGCCAGGGAUGCCUGCAGGGCAAAUGCCAGGAAUGCCAGGGAUGCCUGCAGGACAAAUGCCAGGAAUGCCAGGGAUGCCUGCAGGACAAAUGCCAGGAAUGGCAGGGAUGCCUCCAGGACAAAUGCCAGGAAUGCCAGGGAUGCCUGCAGGACAAAUGCCAGGAAUGCCUGCAGGACAAAUGCCAGGAAUGCCUGCAGGACAAAUGCCAGGAAUGCCUGCAGGACAAAUGCCAGGGAUGCCUCCAGGACAAAUGCCUGGAAUGUCAGGAAUGCCCCCAGGACAGAUGAUGGGAAUGCCAGGAAUGCCUCCAGGACAAAUGCCAGGAAUGCCUUCAGGAAUGCCCCCAGGACAGAUGAUGGGAAUGCCAGGAAUGCCUCCAGGACAAAUGCCAGGAAUGCCUUCAGGACAAAUGCCAGGGAUGCCAGGAAUGCCUCCAGGACAGAUGAUGGGAAUGCCAGGGAUGCCUCCAGGACAAAUGAUGGGAAUGCCAGGAAUGUCUUCAGGGUAAAUGUCAAUGACAAAAAUAAUGCCACUAGAUUAAAUAUCAGGAUUAUCAUCAAAGAAUAUAGGAAUUUUUGUAUUAUACAUAUUCAAAAAAAAAAAAAAAAAAAAACUAGUGGUAAUAACUUUUAACAAUUUAAAUAAUUUAUUAAUGUAAAGGAUGUAACGGAAAUAAGAAACAUUAUAUAAUGAAUGAUGAGUAAAAAAGUAAAAUAAUCUAAUAGCUGACAUUUUAGUUCCUCAAAAAUAAUAUUGUGAUGAAACAAAUUUACCUUAUAAUAUGUAUAAAAAUAUAUCAACGCUUUCUUUCAAACUUCCAUUUAUAUAUAGGAGCAGAAUCUCUCGUUGCAGGUUUCACCUGUUUUGGUUUAAUUUCUUUCUCCUUUGCUAGAGCUCUCUGAAUUUCUAAUUUUUGUUGAACGACAGUUAACUCUCUUUCUCUUUCUAUUCUCUUAUACAAUUCCUUAUAAGCCAUGUGUUUUUGUUGUUCAAUGGUAGCAAGAGUAUUUUCAUCAACUCGAGGGAACUUUAUAUCUCUUAAUUUAGACAAAUUAGGUCUAUUUGUACGCCUCGACAAUAACGCAGGAUGCGUAUUUAAUUUCUUAGCAAUAUCAAAGUUUCUUUCCUCUUUCUCAUCUUCGACAAAGAAUAUAUGCGUAUUUUUUACUUCAUUUGCAGCAUCUAUUAGAUGUAACUGACUCUGCAACUUUUCUACCUUUUUCGCUUCUAUAUUUCUUUUAUAAGCAACAUAUUUUAUAUCUUGCGUCUCCAUUAACUUAAUCUGAUCGGGAGUAUGUUCGUCUUCCUUAUCUUUUUCUCUGUGCACACCUUUCUCUAUUUUUGAAUUGAUCAUGUGAAAGUAAAAUUCAUCCGGAUUUCUAUUGAGAGCACGUUUUUGCAAUAACUUCAAAGUUCGUUCUUUCCUAUGAUAAUCCUUUGCU